AUGUCCGUCGCAGACCGCUACUUUAGAUCAACUCUUCACAGGGCUGCAGCAGCCAACGCCAUCCCGCUGGCCUUCCUCCGAAGCCACACUCACCCGGUGCUCCCGGGAGAGCUGCGAGGUCGCCUGGACGCAUUCCAGCAUGACCUUGACCGCUACAACGCGGACAUCAAAGCGGUCCGCGCCGCCCUCAAGCGGCUGAAGCGCGAGCGGGCCGCGCUAGCGGGGGCCACUGCCUCAUGGGCAGCCGUGUUUGCGCCGAUCCGAAAACUCCCGAACGAGCUGCUGCUGCGUAUCCUGCACCACGCGGUGGACAACACCCCGCGGACGCUCUACGAGGGCUACGCGCCGCCGGUCGACGACGCCGACGACAUCGAAUACAUGGAAGACAACUUCUGGCCAAUGGAGAUGCUGUCCCAGGCGUCGUGGCGCAAACUGGGGGCAGUGUGCCGGCACUGGCGCGACGUGGUCGAGGGCACGCCGUCUAUUUGGGCCAACAUUAACGCGAUCGGGCUGAUAAGCUACCACAACGACUGUGCUGGGGAGGUGCUGCGGCAGGCUCUGGCCCGUACACGCGGGAUACCCCUCCACAUUGGCCUUGGGAUCAAAGUCUCGGGACUACAGGACAUAUUUGCAAUGCUCAUGGAGCACGCGGAGCGGUGGAAGAAGCUCACGCUUCGGGCAGAUGUUGACGAGCUAGCAGAGCUGCAGGCCAUUGCCGGCCGGCUGCCAUUGCUGGAAUCACUUGAUGUACAGAUUCCAGGACACAGAUACUACAACCCGUGGAUGCCGACCAAGUGGACGCUGUUCGAAGAUGUGCCUUCGCUUAGACGGCUGGUAUUUAACAAUAAGCCACCACCUGUUCCGUGGGCCCAGCUCACUCAUGUUCACCUGCGCUCCAAGGGGGCAGUGUACGACAACCUAGCAUUCCUCGAGAAAUGCUCACCACGGUGUUCGGUGAAGAUUUCCCACCUAGCAGAAGACAACCUUGAGAUUGAUUCACGGGGAAGGUCAGCUAUUCAGGCUGACAUCCCCAGCCUGCACUUGUGUAUGAUUGGCAUAUGUGGUGAUGCCAGUGUUCCAGCACCUGAGGAACUGCUCGGCCCGGUGCUCAGUUUUCUGGACUUGCCGCGGCUGACCAGCCUGACACUCGAGCGCCAGCAAGACAAGUACACGCCGUUCAAGGGUAUGGUCUCGGAGGUUCUCUGGAACGCAGAUGCUUUUGCGGCUUUUGUGCGCCGCUCGCCACACGUGACUGUGCUGCACCUGCACGGCAUUUCGAUUGAUGCCCGACAGCUGUGCGCAGGCCUCCGCUUGAUGCCGCUCCUCGAGACACUUGGGCUUGCGCUUCCAGGAUUCCGCCCCCGGGUAUGUUACCAUUGA